GGCGUGGCAACUUGAUCUGCUUAAACCCUCAUUAACAUUUCGUAUGUAGCCUCCUAUUGCACCUCUUGAAGUUAUCCGCCGUUCAUUAUGUUCAGAGUUCCUUCAUUGCUCGCCAUCCGCCACCGUUUCUUGCCCACGAAAUUUAUUUUACUUGGUGUUAUCAUCACCUUCGUGAUCGCCAUCUACACAUUCUCUUCUCCAUAUUCUUUUCGCAUAUCAGACUGGUCUUCAAUACUCUCACAGCAGCGACAGCGUAGUUCAUGCACUCCAGGACAGUGGUCGAGCGGGCGUUGGGUGUACAGCCCGACGUCUGACUUAGAGACUUUAACGCGUCCAGAACAGGCACUUACCUUGGCUGGCUUCGAGGGUUGUGCUGCGGACCGUGAAUACCGCUGGCAUUUGGGCGUAGACCGCGAAGAACAAUGGGGCAGAUUUCCCAACGUUUCUUCGUACAGAUGGGUGCCUUCGAGCCAGUGUAAUGUCCAGCCUCUCAAUGGCGCAGCGAUGAUCAAGGACAUGGUGGAGAAUGGCGGAUGGUUUUUAAUUGGCGACUCCAUAAGUGAAAAUCACUUCUUUUCCCUGUCGUGUCUGCUGUACCCCCAUGUCCGAGCAACUCCAAACCACACGCUAAACGCCCCCUAUGACCAUGCAUGGCAACAACAUCUGUAUCUGUUGCCUUCAUCACCUCUAGUAUCCGAAAUUUCCAUGCCGGAGGGCUUCUCGAUCGAACACACGCCACUCGUUUCAUUCCGACGUGUUGACCUGCUUCUUAAUGGAACAGAAUUAGACGCGUUAUAUCACAGCUCAGCAUUUCUCGGUGGAGUCACAGACUUGGACACCGAAGAUAUCAUUUUUGAACCAACCAAGGCAGAGACUGUAUUCGGCACUGAGCCAUUUUGGUCGCUUUCCCCUUCAGAAUACAUGCACGCGUUUCUUGACUCACCUCCAGAUGCCAACUAUGGCACGCUGGUUGUGAGUACUGCCGGACAUUGGACGAUAUCCACUCUAGCUGCAUUGCGCGAUAAUGACGCCGGAGCACAUGCUGGUAACGGGAUCCAGAACGUACUUUCAUUCUUCAAGGUCGCGAUACGAGCUUGGGCAAGUGAAGUUCAGGACGCCAUCACGGAAUACCGUAAAAAAGGGGGCAAACGUCCAAAACAGGUAGUUGUCAGAGCGUAUCUACCCGGCCACGAGAACUGUCAUAACAUCUUCGACCCCACGGAGGAUAUCACGCCCUGGGUCGGCGUGCCUUGGAAUUGGCCGUGGAUUCCGGACUUCAACACAGAAUUUCAGGAGCUUCUGUCAUCUUCGUCAUCUCAUGAGUUCCCGGACAUCUUUUAUCUUCCAAUUGAGAGACCGGGGAGACUGCGUCCUGAUGCUCAUGUCUCUGGAGACUGUUUGCAUAUCAUGUCAGGUGCUGGUGUUCUCGAGGGGUGGUCGCACUACAUUUGGCAUUUCGUUACACGCGAAGGUCGUCGGAAAAACCAGAUGUGAUCCCGCACUCCCCGCACCUUAAACCAAUCCCGGCGGUAGCUUGGGGAGUUAGAUAGUAGACGCCCACAUUUGGUAAGGAUGCUGGUUUCAAAUCA